GAGGCGAAGCUUUGCGUUUUUACGGAAUAAAUCAUUCGAUGAAGGCGAACUAGGACUGAUAGAGCCGGUAGAGCCCCCUGGACUUUUGGUUCUGCUGCGACGACAGUAGAAAUUUAGAAAAACGGGUGGAAUUCCCCUUUUAGCAGAAGCGGAGUCUGGAUACUUUUGGAGGCUCCUGGGAGGCGAAGCUUUGCGUUUUUACGGAACAAAUCUCACUUUAUCGCCGAUGAAGGUGAACUGUGACUGACCCGGCUGAUAGGACGCCUCCGUGUGGAGCCCUGCGGUCACGUGAGCGUCUCGUGGAAUGUGACCAAUGACAGCGCGCUGACUAACUCGGUCGAAACGGGAAGUCGGUGGCGGAGCCGCGCGCUGCCGGCGGAGGGAUCCACUCGCACGGACACCGUCCACAGACACUGAGCCAGCAGUUACCGACGAGCAGCCGGCGCCUUCCCUUCCACCACCACCCCCCCGAAUCCGGCUGAAGACAGCGGGAGAGAAGCUGCUUGACUACCGGCGGGGCUCGGCAGGCGGUCUUGGGGUCUUGGAGCUCGACUGGAUGCAAAUUAAUCUCGUCUCCGAAAGAGCACAGCGGUCAGGAGCAUCAGCGCUGCCCCGUGUCCGAGUCAUUCGUGUCAUUGGAGAAGCAGCUUGGGUGGAAAGCUCACCUCGUGCUCUGUGAGAGGAAGUCAUGGGCUCCAUGUUCCGCAGUGAGGAGGUGUGCCUGGUGCAGCUCUUCUUGCAGUCUGGUGCGGCGUACCACUGCGUCAGUGAGCUGGGAGAGCUGGGCAUCGUCGAGUUUAGAGAUCUUAAUCCGAAUGUGAAUGCAUUUCAAAGAAAGUUUGUCAGUGAGGUGAGGAGAUGCGAAGAGCUGGAGAAAACGUUCGCAUUUCUGGAGCAGGAGAUUACACGCUCCCUCCCUCCGUCCCUCCGCUCAUCUCUGCAGGAGGCUGUGCCCACCCCUCCAGCCCCUCAGCCCAGGGAGCUAUUAACAAUAGAGGAGGAGUGUGAACGGUUGGCCCGCGAACUCAGGGAGGUGUCCAGGAACAGAGACAGUAUCCGAGCACAGCUGAACCAGCUGUGUCAGUACAGAGGAGUGCUCACUCAAACGCACUUGCUCACAGCCUCACAGGCCCCUCCCCACUCGUUUGAUCCGGUGGGCCUAGUGGAGAACAGGCAGGAUGUAAGGCUCAGUUUUGUUGCGGGUGUGGUCCACCCAUGGAAGGUGCCAGCCUUCGAGAGGUUGCUAUGGCGAGCCUGCCGCGGAUACAUCAUCGUGGACUUUCGAGAGAUGCAAGAGAAGCUGGAGCACCCGGACAGUGGGGAGAUGGUGCAAUGGACGGUCUUCCUCAUCUCCUACUGGGGGGAUCAGAUUGGACAGAAAGUGAAGAAGAUUUGUGAUUGCUUCCACACGCAGAUGUUCCCGUAUGCAGAGAGCCAGGCAGACAGAGAGGAGAUCCUGAAUGGACUGAAAACUAGAAUCGAGGACAUCAAGUCAGUGAUGAAUGAGACGGAGCAGUACCUGCAGCAGCUGUUGAUGCGAGCUGUGGCCGUGCUGCCACAGUGGCGUGUGCGAGUGCAGAAGUGCAAGGCUGUUCAAAUGGUGCUGAACCUCUGUAGCCCCUCAGUCACAGAGAAAUGUCUCAUCGCUGAGGCCUGGUGUCCAGUCAGACAGCUUCCAGCCCUGCAGAGCGCCCUGCGAGAGGGAGGGAGGAAGAGUGGUAGCAGUGUUGAAUCGUUUUAUAAUCGCUUGCCUGCUACCUCCUCUCCUCCGACCCUGUUUCCCACCAACGCCUUCACUGCAGGAUUCCAGAAUAUAGUAGAUGCUUAUGGAGUGGCCAGCUAUAGGGAGGUCAACCCAGCUGUGUACACCAUCAUCACGUUUCCAUUCCUGUUCGCUGUGAUGUUCGGGGAUGUGGGGCAUGGCCUCAUCAUGGCUUUAGGUGCACUCUGGAUGGUUCUAGAAGAGAAAGACCCUAAACUCAGGAACAACACUAAUGAGAUCUGGCGUAUGAUGUUUGGAGGUCGUUAUCUGAUUCUGUUGAUGGGGCUUUUUUCCAUCUACACUGGGGCCAUCUAUAACGAGUGCUUCAGCAGAGGCCUCACCGUCUUCCCGUCUAGCUGGCACGUACGGCCCAAUGCAGUGUUUUACAACUGGACAGAAGAGACUUUUAGAGAGAAUACCUAUCUCUCGCUGGAUCCAAAUGUUACUGGAGUUUUUACUGGACCAUAUCCUUUCGGCAUUGAUCCGAUAUGGGGAAUGGCUAAUAACCACCUGACAUUCCUCAACUCCUAUAAGAUGAAAAUGUCGGUCAUCGUCGGAGUCAUCCACAUGACCUUUGGUGUCUGCCUGUCAUUCUUCAACUAUGUGCACUUUGGGGAGAUAAGCAGUGUGUUUCUGGUGCUGAUCCCUGAGUUGUGUUUCAUGCUGUGUUUGUUUGGUUACCUCAUCUUCAUGGUGAUUUUCAAGUGGUUGGUCUAUGGUCCCUUGCACUCAGACACUGCACCCAGUAUUCUCAUCCACUUCAUAGACAUGUUCCUGUUUGCAGACAAUGAGGAAAACAAACCGCUCUACAGUGGCCAGAUGACUGUACAGAAGAUUCUGGUGGUUGUAGCUUUGUGCUCAGUUCCUGUGCUUCUGCUGGGGAAGCCCAUUCAUGAGUACAUCACAUAUAGGCGAAAGAGACACCAACCCACUGGUGAAAGGCGCCCUCUGCUGACAGAAAAUGGCUCCAUAAACACUCAGCAGGGAGACGUGGAGACGAGUGAAGAGGAGGAGGAGUUUGAUGGAGCCAAUGUUUUCAUGCACCAGGCUAUCCACACCAUAGAGUACUGCCUGGGCUGCAUUUCCAACACUGCUUCAUACUUGCGCCUGUGGGCUCUCAGUCUGGCUCAUGCCCAGCUGUCGGAGGUGCUGUGGGUGAUGGUGAUGCGGUUCUCCUUCAGAAAAACUGAAUAUGUGGGAAGUGUCAUCAUGGCUGUUGUAUUUGCAUUUUUUGCUGUCCUGACAAUUUCUAUCCUACUCGUCAUGGAAGGACUCUCUGCUUUUCUCCAUGCUUUGCGACUUCACUGGGUGGAAUUUCAGAACAAAUUCUACAGUGGAACCGGCUACAAGCUCACUCCUUUUGCGUUCAAGUCCCUAAUCAGUGUAUCUGCAGCUAACUGACGGUCAAUAUCAAAUAACUGUUAUUAGUCUGUAAAUCGCAAAUAAUGUAUUUUAACCUGAACAUUUCAAACGUGGCAAAGUUGCAGUCAUCAGGAAUCUGCUUGUCAUCAUGAAGGUCUAAGGCGUAACAUCUUUUAAGUCUUGGUGGUGGUGGAAAGUACCGUAUGCUGCUCUUUAGGAGUUGUUUUUCCUUAUAAAGAUCAUAUUGUUCUGGAACCACGAUACCCAUUAUGCAUUCCACAGAGUUCAUUCAAGUACAAUGAGCGCUGAGUGUAACUCAGGGAUAUUUUAUCCGUGUGCAAGAUUGUCCUGACUUGUCUGUGUGUAGCAGUAAGGUUUUCAGGGAACUAAAAACAGGCCAAAAGGAAUGCUUUUGAUCAAUUUAGAUUUUUUGUACUCUUAAAAACGGUAAUCAUUGAACAGAAAAUUCUCUAUGAUUCAUAAAGGGAUUUACUUCUUGUCAGCUUUGGCAAAAUCUUUUUCUUUUUUUCUUUACAUUAGCUGAUUGUGUCUUGCAUGAAAUGUAUUUUAAUCAAGCUCGUCUUGCUUUACCAAUGAAAUUGGAUUUGUCAAUGAAUCAGGAAUGUGAGGCUGAAAUAAAAGCCAACUUUCAAGA